AUGCAUGCACAGACAGGCGAUUACCAUAAUAACCUUACUAGUACUGCUAGUGAGGACGACGACGCUGUGCGCUUCGGUGCGUCUAUCGCGGGCUGGAAACCUUUCCCGGACACUGUCGCUGCUCUGCACAAACUUAAGAAACACUUCGCCCUCAUCGUCUUGUCCAACGUGGACGACGAGAGCUUCGAGAAGACUCACGCCCAGCUGUCCUCCCCUGUAUAUACAAACGGGGGAUCCGCGUAUCCAACGGUUACCCCUGAGUCCCCAUUUUCACUCAUCCUGACGGCCCAACGAAUCGGAUCAUACAAACCCGACCCUUUGAUGCUGAGGGCUGCUCUCCAGCAACUUGGUUCAUGCCAAGAUCCAUCUCUCCCCUCAAACCCAGCUAUCUGUGUAGAUAAAUCGCAUGUUCUCACCGUCGCUAACUCCCUCCGUCACGACAUCUUGCCGUCGAUGCAAGAAGGCCUUCACAAUGUUUGGAUAAGCAGGCAUGGUGUCAGCAUUAUUGGAAGCAGGGGCGGGAAUUUAGGUGAUAUACGGGUUACGCAAGAGGAAGGCCUGGCUGGUGGGAGGCAUCCGUAUGCCUGGCGCUUUGAGACACUGGGUGGUCUAGCAGAUGCGGUUGAGGCAGAAAUAGGAAUUCACGCGGUUUAG